AUGGUGAAAGCGGUGGCGUCCGCCUUCAGGUCGGUGGGCUUAGCGCUGCUGUUGCUUGGAAUCAGCGUCUAUGUCUUUGCCAUCGCUUUUCGCAUGACCCUGGACGGCACCCCGAUAGGGAUGGACAAGUUCGCGAACUGCGCCAUCGCAAUGCACACCUUGAUCAUGCACGGUACCUUCUUGGAUGCUGUCUCUGACAUUAUGGAAGCUCUUCUCACCGACAGCAUACCGGGAUUUAUCCUCAUGUAUGCCUUCGUCACACUCUCAGCUGUGACCAUCAUGAACAUGCUGAUUGGAAUUCUGUGCGAAGUGAUCACAGCUGUUGCUGAUGCAGAAAGAGAGGCUCUGCAGGUGAGUUAUUCAAGUGAGGUGAUCCAGGAGUGCAUCUCCGCAUCAGACAACAACAACGACGGAUGCAUCGAUCUCAACGAGUUCCAUGGUAUGCUCCAACUCCCACAGGUCAGGAAGGUCCUGCACGAAGUGGAUGUGGAUGUGCAAACCUUGGUGAACUUUGCAGACGUGCUGUUUGAGGAUGACAAUGGCAUCACCCAGCAAAAGCUGCCCUUCGGUGACUUCAUGCAGAAACUGUUGCAGCUGAGAGGCAAAAACACGGCGACGGUCAAGGAUCUCGUUGAUCUCCGCAAGUGGAUCAGUCGUGAGAUGAAAGAGCAGAAUCGGAAGCUUCGUGCACGAGAGAACGGCGAGCAUGUUCCACCAGAGAACGGCGAGCCGCAAGAGCUGAGGCAGAAAAGCGAGGAGCUCGCGCCCGCGCCGCCCACCCGCGCCAUCGCGAGCUCAGGGUGGACCAACGGCACGCAGAGGGGAGCAAUCUCCGCCCCACGUCCAGAAGAUGGCUUUGCCGUCGUCCCUGGCCAGGUUCCAUGA